UUAAAAAUGCCGUUAGUUUAAAACAGCGAGUUAACUAGUUGUUAACUAGGUUACUGUUUACCGAGUUAUGCCAUUUAAUUCUUGCUUCAGUAUAAAUGUGUAUAAACUCAGGUUCAUACUACUAUUUUAUCUGUUUUUAAUAUAAUUCGUUAACAUUCUAGCACCUAGAGCAGCAUUGUGGCAAUCACAACCUGCUAAUGGGAUGAGAGAGAGCUGAUAAUGUGUAAGUCUACAACUCCAGUUUGUGAAGACAUGAUGGAUGAAGUUAAAGGGAAAGAAAAGUCAAAAGGUUUUGGGAACAGUCUCAUGUCCAAUGAUGGUUUCCUGUUUGACCCCUGGCACAGCACUCCUGUAAAAAAGGUAUGUUAGUAAGACUUGGGACAUGAGGCAGGGUACACCCUGGACAGUGUGCAUGUCUUUGGACUGUGCGAGGGAACCAGAGUACUCGGAGGAAACCCACCAAGCACGGGGAGAACAUGCAAUCUCCAUGCACACAGACCUGAGGCAGAGAAUUGAACCGUUGACCUUGGAGCACACAGAUGAAGGCAGCAUGGCAAGACGGAUUGCAAAGAGCAUGUAUAAUAACUCUGAAACCCAGCAACCAUCUCCCUCUGCCAUGCAGGCAUCUCAGACUCGUGCAACUGAUCUGGAGAUCACAACCAUCCAAAAGCAGAGGAUGGAACUGCAGCUGCUCAUAGCAGAGCUGAAGGACCGCGAUCAAGAGCUUAACAGCAUGGCCGCGGCUCAUCACAGACAGCUGCAGGCUUGGGAGCAGGACCGGCAAAGAGUACUGACUUUGGAGCAGAGGUGUGCACGCCUUGAAGAUGAGCUGCAGAAGCGUAAUGAGGUGAUCCGAGCCAUUAGCAAGCGUUUGAAGAUGGCGGAGGUGCGAGAGCAGGACAGCCGCAAGGAGCUCAGCAGCAUCCAGCAGCAGAUGCAGGAGCUUAGCCAGAGACAUCAGCACAGCAGUCAACACCAUCAAGACCUGGAGGAGAAGAAUCGAAGUCUGAGCUCGAGCAUUCUGUCUCUUUCAUCCCAGCUUGGCCAGCUUCAGGUUCAUGAUGAAGAGCUUAGCUCCACGCUUAAGCUGAAGGACAAAGAUCUGACAGAAGCCACAGAUCGCAUUUUAGAUCUGACCGACCGGCUACGGAAAUCGGAGUUGUCGCUAAAGGAGUGCCAGUCUCGUGAGAGCAAACUGUUACAGGAAACAGAGGAGUACAAGCACCGCUUCAGAGAGGCCAGACGUCAAAACGCUCAACUGAAAGAUGAGUUUCAAGAGAAGACUCUUGAGAACAACAGUCAGAGAGAGGAGCUCAUUCGACUUAGACAAGAGAACCAGCUGCUCAGGAAAGAACUGAUCCUCGCAGAUGAAGGUGAAAGCUGGAGGGAAGAGUUGCUUGCGCUCGCGCGAUCCAAACAAGAACGCACCGGGUCUGAGCUUCUCUGUCUGCGGCAGGUGUGUGAGCACCAACAGAACGACUUACAGCUCUUAAAGCUUAACCUAGAGAGCACCAGAGAGGUAUUAAUGCAGUAUGAAAGUCAAGGGUCACUUGUAAGUCCAGGGGAUGUAACUUGUGUGUAUGUGGACCGCUCUACACCCUCACCACGGAAUAGGACAAUGAGCCCCGGACUUGUAGAGGACACAACACUCAGCAAACAGAAGCAGCAGGGGUUGACCUCAUCCACAUGUCGCUUGCAACGCUUGCUCACGGAGUCACAACAAAUGGUGGCCAGUCUGGAAAACUCAUCUGGGAAGCUUCUAAGUCAUUCCCAAAGCUCUCCAAAUCACAGCUCAAGUCCUGUCCUGAGUUCCACCUCACAUUGUAACAGCCAUCACGUUAGCCGUAACAAUACAGAGAGUUGUGACCAGUUCUAGUCCGCCAGUACUUACCAAGAAGAAAGGCAGCUGAGAAUGGAUGGCUCUCGAGUCCAGAGCGUCAACGGUUCACAGAAAACUGUAGAACAUAGUCAAUAAAUAUUUGUGUAGAAAUCUUUUGGCUUUUGAAAACAAACCAACAUGGACAUCUUCAGUGGAGAGUUCUGUGGAUGA